UCGGAGAGCGCAGUGAAGAGCACCUGGAAAUUGCAUAAAUGGGCAUGGAACCGGAGGUCAACGGUCAGCGGCGAUAAGGAUGCACUUCGAGGUGACCUCGGCAGUCCGGCGACCAAGUCAGCCAGCAGUUAGCAGUUGAAUUCAAGUGACAGCAGCGCAGCGCACGCAGUCUACCAACCCAACGAGACUGAUAAGAAGUGCGCGUUCGGAGAACGGAGAACAAGUUAAAGUUAAAUAGGCGCCGUGGAGAGGCAGCAGUUCAGUUGGCCAGCGACCGCAGAUCAAAACAGACGUACGACAACUCAGAUGAAUGAGGAAGAGUGCACGAAACGGGUUAGCAAGCGAUAGCACUCAACGGUCAGCGAUCUUUGGCAUCUUCAUCCACACACCGUCUACACCAUCUACGCCAUCUACAUCAUCUGCAAUCUCGUCGGAGAUCGGAGGCGUUUUUAGGCAUCGGAAUCCGCAUCGGAAUCGUUUCAAGGGCACGUCUUUAGACGCCAGAGCCAAUCUGAAUCACUGAGCGGGGCUUCUCUACCAUAAUCACCUGUAAACAGGAUGGCCCCACCCACGGUACUGGUCACCGGCGGAGCCGGCUACAUUGGCUCCCACACGGUUCUGGAGAUGCUCAAUGCGGGCUACAACGUCAUCUGCGUGGACAACCUGUGCAACGCCUACAGCAGCGGCGCCAAGCUGCCGGAGGCGCUCAGCCGGGUGCAGGAGAUCACCGGCAAGAAGGUCAACUUCUAUAGGGUGGACAUCACGGACAGGGAGCAAGUGCGCUCCGUCUUCCAGGAGCACAAAAUCGACAUGGUGGCCCACUUUGCCGCCCUGAAGGCCGUGGGCGAGUCCUGCCGCAUCCCACUGCAGUACUACCACAACAACAUGACCGGCACCAAUGUCCUGCUGGAGGCGAUGGCCGACAACAAUGUGUUCAAGUUCGUGUACAGCUCCAGCGCCACCGUCUACGGCGAGCCAAAGUUCCUGCCCGUGACCGAGGAGCAUCCCACGGGCAACUGCACAUCGCCCUACGGCAAGACCAAAUACUUCACCGAGGAGAUUCUCAAGGAUCUCUGCAAGUCAGACAAGCGCUGGGCCGUGGUUUCGCUGCGCUACUUCAACCCGGUGGGUGCCCACAUCAGCGGCCGGAUUGGCGAGGAUCCGAACGGCGAGCCCAACAACCUGAUGCCCUACAUCGCCCAGGUGGCCGUGGGUCGACGUCCCAGCCUGAGUGUCUACGGCAGCGACUUUCCCACGCACGACGGCACCGGAGUGCGCGACUACAUCCACAUCGUGGACCUGGCCGAGGGACACGUGAAGGCGCUGGACAAGCUGCGCAACAUCGCGGAGACGGGCUUCUUCGCCUACAACUUGGGCACCGGCGUAGGCUACUCGGUGCUGGACAUGGUGAAGGCGUUCGAGAAGGCCUCCGGCAAGAAGGUCAACUACACGCUGGUGGACCGACGGUCCGGAGAUGUGGCCACUUGCUAUGCGGACGCCACGUUGGCGGAUAAGAAGCUGGGCUGGAAGGCCGAGCGGGGCAUCGACAAGAUGUGCGAGGACACGUGGCGCUGGCAGAGCCAAAACCCCAACGGGUAUGCCAACAAGUAGAGCUGCUAGCUGCCAGCUGCUGUCUUGCUGCCUUGCCUCGUUUCUGCCGUUCCGCAAGUUCCUGAGUUACUACACCUGAUGAUGGCUCAGGUAGCAAUUUCUAUUUGCCUCUAGUUGUGAAUAUUUCUUUCCAAAUUUCGUGUAGUAUUCGCCCAUUUCGAUGUGUGCAAGUGUGCGUAUGUAUGUAAUCCAAAGUACUUUGUAAUUAAAAAGGCUUUUCGCUGUUGUCAUGUAA